AUGACAACAUCCUGGAUGCUCUUGAGGAUCAGCGCCUGGCCGUUGGAUCCUCAGAUUGAAGCCGGAAAGAAGAAGGGACGCCGAGCUCUGCCAAGCUCCGUCGUGACUUCGAAGAAGCCGGCUCGGCUCCGAGAAAGCAGCCGACUGCUCUCAAGAAGAAAGGCACUGAUGCCGUACAGAAAGCUGACUGGACCAGGGAUUGAACAGCUCAACAAGGUCAAGCAACGCACCGAGAAGGAAAAGAACGCCAUCCAACGCGAGUACGAUGAGAGCUCUCUUAAGCUCAAGGCCGACGAGCAGAGCCGUCAACUCAAGGACCUCGGAUCAUCCGAGCGACGUCUCAACCACGAGAACUCCGACUCGGCCCGCCAGCUCGAUGAGGCCAAGCGCUUCGGCGAGGAGGAGUCCCGUGAGCGUCAGAACUUCUCUACCCUGUGCCGCACCUCGCAGAGCGAGCUUGAGCAGCUUAAGGCUGCCGUUGGAGGA